UCCCUCUCUCAGUUCUCUUCAAGCCUUACAUACAGAGGCUUAAGCUUCUAUACCUAUAGUUUGAUAGCUAAGUUCUUGAUUUUGUUUUUAUUUAUUAUCUAUUUCUUUCCCCUUAAUCUGAGGAGCCAUAGGCGUGGUUCCACAUGUGGAUUCGGCCCGUUUCCCGAGGAGCAUUUCUGUGCUUCUACUUAUCGUUAGUGUUGGCUGCAACCUUCUGCUAUGGCGAUGAGGGGAAUACAGUUGAGGUAGUUGGAAUAGGGGAAUGUGCAGACUGUGCAGAAAGCAACGUUAAGACUAGCCAGGCAGUUUCAGGGCUUCGCAUAACAAUUGAUUGCAAGCCAGAAAAUGGGGAGUUCAAAACAAGAGGAGUUGGUGAGCUAGAUGAAGAAGGAAGAUUCACAGUGGGUCUUCCUAGUCAUUUGGUAAAAAAAGGGAAACUGAAAGAAGAAUGCUAUGCUCAACUUCACAGUGCCUCAGCUGCACCAUGCCCUACCCAUAGUGGCCUCGAGUCGUCCAAGAUUGUGUUGAAGUCCAAAAACAAUGGAAAACACACAUUUGGGUUGGCAGGAAAACUGAGAUUUUCAUCAGUGACAUGCACUUCAGCUUUCUUAUGGCCUCAUUUCAAGUACCCACCACUACCCAAAUUCCCACCUUUGCAUAAGUGGAAAUUUCCCCCACUGAAAAACUUUGGCCAUCAUCCAUACCUAUUCCCUCCUAAGGUCUUCCCUCCAUUCCCUCCUAAGGUUUUUCCUCCCUUUCCUCCAAAGGUUUACCCUCCAUUUCCUCCAAAGGUUUAUCCUCCAUUCCCACCUAAGGUUUAUCCUCCAUUCCCACCUAAGGUUUAUCCUCCAUUCCCACCUAAGGUUUUCCCUCCUAAACCACUUCCACCACCAGUUCCAGUCUACAAGCCACCACCAAAGGAAUUCCCUCCACCAGUUCCAGUGUACAAGCCACCACCAAAGGAAUUCCCUCCUCCAGUUCCCGUCUACAAGCCCCCACCAAAGGUACUCCCUCCACCAGUUCCAGUCUACAAGCCACCACCAAAGGUACUCCCUCCACCAGUACCAGUCUAUAAGCCACCACCAAAAGUUUACCCUCCGCCAGUACCAGUCUACAAGCCGCCACCAGCACCAAUAAAGCCUCUUCCGCCACCAGUACCAACGAAAAAACCAUGUCCACCUGUCAAGAAACCUUUUCCACCUAAACCACCAGUUUACAAGCCAAAACCUAAGCCACCAGUCUACAAGCCGCCUCCUGUUCCUAUCUACACGCCAACACCAAAACCGCCAGUUUAUAAACCACCUCCUGUUCCUAUCUACACGCCGACACCAAAACCGCCAGUUUAUAAACCACCUCCGGUUCCGACCUAUAAACCCAAACCACCAACCUUUUACAAGCCUCUUCCUCCAAUCCCAAAAAUCCCUCCAUUUCACAAGAAGCCAUGCCCUCCUCUUCCUAAGCUUCCUCCAUUCCCCAAGAUUCCUCCAAAGUACUUCCACCACCCUAAGUUUGGAAAGAAGUGGCCUCCAUUGCCCCCCUUUUCUCCUAUCCAUUAGGGCUCUAGUGUACGCUUCCAAGUUUCAAGUAUAGGGUGUGAUCAAUAACAUUGGCUCUUUCUUGUUAAUUAUUUGAACUUUUACAGUGUGAAGUUUUUAAUGCCAGAAUAAAGCCUUAAAAAAGGUAGAGGAAAUUAAUUAAGUACGAGUGUUGUCAAUUUCAUACACUUAUUGUUAAUUAGCUUUAAAAAGGGUGGUUGAAUUACUAUUUUUCUUUUCAUUUGUAAUUUUGUUUGUCUUUCAAUGCUUACUGCAAUGUUUAUAAAUCUUCAUUUUCAUUUCUGUUUCA